AUGGCAGAAUUUCUUGUAAAUUUCUGGCCUUUAUUUGUCAGCAGCCUGUUGUUCAUUGUUUUUCUUGUGAAAUAUAAAAAAAAUGGUAGCGAUACUCGAGAGAAGUGUAAGUUGCCUCCAGGAGGAAGAGGCUGGCCGAUUGUUGGCGAUAGUAUCAGUUGGUACAAUGCUGUUGCAAGUUCUCAUCCGCCAAGUUUUGUCGAGAAACAGGUUGCAAGGUUCGGAAAAAUAUUCUCGUGCAGUCUGUUUGGUAAACGGGCAGUGGUAUCAGCUGAUCCGAUGUUUAAUCGAUUUGUAAUGCAAAAUGAAGGCAAACUAUUCCAGUCGUGCUAUCCGAAAUCUUUCAGAGACGUGGUGGGAAAAAAUGGGGUGAUCACUGCACAAGGGGAGCAUCAAAGGAAGCUUCAUUCUAUUGCCUCCAAUCUGAUGCGGUUAGACAAGCUCAAGUCCCAAUUCUUGCAGGAUAUACAAAUAGUUAUGCGACAAAUCUUCAAUAAUUUGCGCGACAAACAAGUCAUUCUACUGCAAGAUGUCUGCAGAAAGAUAGCCAUUAACUUGAUGGUUAAUCAACUGCUGGGCGUGUCGUCUGAAUCCGAGGUGAAUGAGAUUACUCAGUUGUUCUCUGAUUUCGUUGAUGGUUGUCUUUCCGCUCCUAUCAAUUUGCCAGGAUUCGCUUAUCACACUGCAAUGAAGGCACGGGAAAGUAUAAUAAGCAAGAUCAAUAGUUCAAUAAAGAUCCAUCGACAACAAUCCUCUCCAGCAAUUGGCAAUGGUGUACUGAGAAGGCUACUAGAGGAAGAAAGCUUACCUGAUGAUGCUGUUGCAGACUUUAUUAUUAACCUCCUUUUUGCUGGCAACGAGACUACUGCUAAAACCAUGCUUUUUGCUGUUUACUUCCUCACUCAAUGCCCCAGAGCCAUGAAGCAAUUGCUGGAUGAGCAACAGAGUCUAAGGAGCCAAAGGAGUAUCUUGGAUGGAGAGAUGCUUGAAUGGCAAGAUUACAAAGCUAUGUCUUUUACUCAAUGUGUAAUAGAUGAAACUCUUCGACUGGGAGGCAUUGCAAUUUGGUUGAUGAGAGAAGCUAAAGAAGAUAUAGAAUAUCAAGAUUAUGUCAUUCCCAAAGGAUGCUUUAUAGUUCCUUUUCUUUCGGCUGUCCAUUUGAAUGAAAAUAUAUACGAGGAUGCUCUCACUUUUAAUCCUUGGAGAUGGAUGAUUCCAGAAAAUCAGGAGAAGAGGAAUUGGAGAAAUAGUCCAUUUUUUGCUCCAUUCGGUGGAGGUGCACGAUUUUGUCCGGGUGCUGAGCUGGCUCGACUUCAAAUUGCGAUGUUUCUUCACUAUUUUGUCACUAUGUAUAGGUGGAAGCAGCUCAAGGAUGACGAGAUGUCUUUCUUUCCAUCAGCUCGAUUGGUGAAUGGCUUCCAAAUCCAGUUAAGCAAAAUAUUGGCCUGA